GUGCUAGCAGGCUGAGCAGGACUCUUCUUCGCUUUUCCAGCUAGGACGACUGCGUCUCUGUCCAUCCUGGUCAUUCUCUUGUUGUUCUUUGUGACGUCUCUCGUCCUGUCUUUCUUUCCUUCUUUCUUUCCCUCUCUCCUCCCCAGUGGACUAUGGAGCAACUGGCAUGAGCGCUGGCCGCGAUGGAGCGUGCGGGAAUGUUUACAGCCUGGAUAUCAUCUUGCCUCUCAUGCGUGUGGCCUGAGGACGAGCAUGCGGCCCACCAGCGGGCCAUGAACAACAAAGGAAUCGAGCGAGAGAUGGCAGUAUGCCAUAGUCAGCCACAUCUAGUGCCCCCAAUGAAGCUGGUUGUCUACGAUGAUUUGCCCAGCCCGGGGCCUCCUCCGCGGUCGUCUUCUCUGCCUUCCUGGCUCACUGAAGGCCGCAAUCUCGCGUCAAGGGCUUCCAAUCGCGCGAGUAUGUCGCUCAGGAGGAAAUCUACAACGCGUCUAACGAUCGGCGCACCGACGGACUUCAGGAGAGUGCAGCCACCAUCUUCACGGGUCGAUGGAUUCCGACCUCUCGAACUAAGCAUCUAUAUGCCGGGGAGCCGAUUGUCGGAUCUCCCCGAAUUCGACGAGUUCCAGCUUGACGAUAAUGGGAAGCCCACACUGCCCUCAAGGGCCGUCACGCCUACGCCUACAAUGGAGCGGAGCUUCUCUAAAUUCCAGAAUUCUUCAUUUCAAUUCGCCCGGAAACCAGUUGGCUCAGGAUCAAGACGGUCAUCCGUAGCAACUAUGGACCUGCUGCUCGAUCUACGUCGACCCAGUGCCACAGCAGACCCAUUGAUUCCUCACUUUGCACUUCGUACUCCUCGGCCUUCACUCGACGUGUCCGAGGAACUUCGCCCAUGCCAGAAGCCGCAACUGGCAACGGCCAGCGGCGACACAAUUCCACGCAAGAAGAACGCUCCUGCACCGUUAUCAAACAGACCAUUACCUCCCACACCGGCAGAUCCAGAGACCCUAGUCGACUCCCCUCUUCCAGCUUCGCCUACAUCUCUAUCCAGUCAUUCUGGUCGUAUCAGAGAAUGGCUCUCCCAGCCACAUGGACCGGUAUCUACUCCACCAUCAAGCCCGCGCAAGCCAACCUCGUACGCACCCAGUCCUCAAUACAGUCGUUCACGUACAUUGAGCGCUUCUACUAUCUCUUCCACCACAAUAGCCACACCUAGACAUGCAACUAGCGCUUCCUUGUCCAGUGGCACCACAGCUGCGACAACAACAGCGCAAAUAUCGACUAUAGACGGUCUGACCGAAAAGGAGAUCUUAACCUCACCAUUUACCCCAAAACAGAUGGGAGUGACGACAGCUCGCAUUGACGAAUCACCUUAUCCCACCAUCCAUGAAGGCGGACACGAGUAUGGUACCCGUUUCCGCGAUUCUGUCGUGGGUCUUGCAUUCUGAGUUUAUAUUCAUCAUCUUCAGACUAUAAAAGAGCGCAAAAUUCGUCUCCGCCCAUUUCGACGAUCUCGUUCGCAAACCCUACGAUAAACAGUUAUGUGAUGUGACUGGAGUGUAUUUAUGCUUAUGCACUUGUCCAUUCUUGCAGUCCUCGCCUCCUACGCGCAGAAAGCUCUCCGUUUUUUCCAUUUAAUGAUACCCCCGACCUAACGCCC